GCCAUUCUAAUGAAUGAAAAAUCUUACUAAUAGUUUCAAAAGUCAAAAAACUCGGUAUAAAUAAGUAUAUGAAGUAGACCGUUAUAAUUAAAAAUCAAAUAAUACAAAUAAAGAAGCAAUUAAUUAAAUUGCAAAAGCAUGCUUGUCCCACCACCAGCUUGAUGUUUACACACCAACAACUAUGGUCAUCACAUAAUUCAAUCUUUUGGUAACAAACAAUGCUAAUGGGUCCCAAUAACUCAGCACUAACUAGUUGACACGCAAAACCAUAGACUAGGAAUCAACCCAUCCCCUCUCAAACCCUUUGGUGUGAAACAGGUGGAUCAAUUUGAGGUUUGUUCUUCAAUAUUGCACGAGCUCAAAUCAAAUGAGUGAAAGAUCAAGCUUUUUUUGCUUUUGCUUUUCCAACAAAAAGAAGAAAAAGGGUGAUGAUGAUGUUUCUGGGCUUGAUAUCAAAGGCAGCAGCAGUACUGAGUGGGGAAAGAAUGAAGAGAUGUUGUCAGAUAUGAGCACGUUUUCAGUGAAAGAACAAGAGCGGAGAUUGAAGGUGGCGAUGGCAGAGGAAGAGAAAGUCGUGCAGGAAGCGGAGAAGGUGGUCAACUGGGUGAAGCAAGCAUCAGCAAGGUUGGAUGUUUCUACAAUCAAUAGAAUCCUAAAGGAAGAAGGUUGCUCUACGUGUCCUGAAUAAGGUUGGAGUCAAUCAGGAGACAACUGUAUUUGAUAAUGGGGUCUACUAUGCUUCCAUCCUGUUGAUGAGAUUGUGAUAUUCUUCAUCAGUUUCUGAUGGAGAGGAAUUCGAAUCCUGGCUGUAUUGCUCAUUCCGAAAAUGUUCUACAUCAUCCGCGGUCAUGGCUAGUUCCAACGGAAGAUCUAAAUUAUUUUUUUGACUACCAUUCGGACUUUUCCUCUUUUAAUUUCAACAUGGUUUCUUACCAUAAAUGCUAGACUAGAGUGAGGGCUUCUAGUUUCUUCGAUUAACUUUUUAUCUAAAAGUUCCUAGAGUUGAAUAUCAAAUUCAUCUAUAUCUUGUCUAGUAUAAAUCAUUAGUCUUACUCUAUUGAUAACAUUAGGGUCUUUCAAUUUUAAACUACAAUAACGUGGACUAUGUUGCCAUAGUUUUAAUGGAUGUUCACUAAAAUUUUAUUCUAAAAUUUUAUAAAUCUAGUGUGAUUCAUCAAUGGUUUUAAUGAUUUCCUUUAACAAUUUUUGUCUCUUUGUAUUUAUUUUUAUGUAGACUUUUUAUAAAGCCUAUGGCUAGGCUUGACGAGGGUGUUAGAAAUUUUUGCAACUCUUGGCCGUAAAGUCUUACCAAGUUAGGUAUGCAUUAAGUUUGGUUUUGUUUGUAUUCACCAUCUUGUAUUCUAUAUAUUGGCCUUUACGCCAACAUAAUGGACAAUGUAAAUUCUCUCUAUCUUUGUGCUUCCAACUUUAUCUCUAACUUCUCCAUCAUAAUUCCAUACUCCAUAAUUCCAUAAUAAAAAUAGUAAAAAAGCUCCUUUCUUUUUUGUGUUUGUAAUUGGUAUCAGAGCCUGAUGAAGAGCUUUAGAAAGCAAGAUCAAGGUAUGUAUAAUGUAUG